AUGAAGAUUCUUGCUAUUUUAAUUACAACAUUUGUAGUACUGAGUGAAAGUAAACGUAUUGAUAAAAGCGCUUUCAACUUUGGCUCGAUGCUAUACACAUUUAUCGAUCGUAAUCCUAUUGCUUUUAUUGGAUACGGUAACUGGUGUGGUCUUGGUCCUUACGGAAGUAAUCCUGAUCCUGUCGAUGAACUAGAUACUUGUUGCAAAAAUCAUGAUAAAUGUUACGAAAAAACAGGCUGUACAGGUUCGCAGUGGGCAGUGGUAAACCACUACUCUUGGGAUCAAAACGAUAACGGCGAAAUAGUUUGUAAGGAUUCCGUGGGUACUUGUGAUCGAGCUAACUGUGAAUGCGAUAAAACCGCUACUCUUUGCUUUAAGAAUACUCCUUAUAAUUGUAAUCAUGCUUCAGGGAUUUAUUACUAUUUUUGCAAGUAA